AUGAGUUACACCACGAAGGUAGUCCAGGUGACGAACGUCUCGCCGAGCACGACGUCGGAGCAAAUGAGAACGCUUUUCGGCUUCCUUGGAACCAUCGAAGAACUAAAAUUAUUUCCCCCAGAUGAUUCUCCUAUGCCUGUGACGUCUCGCGUGUGUUUUGUGAAGUUCCAGGAACCAGAGUCUGUUGGCGUGUCCCAACAUCUGACCAACACCGUAUUUGUGGACCGAGCACUGAUCGUGGUCCCGUUUGCCGAAGGAUCCAUCCCGGAUGAGGCCAAAGCGUUAUCCUUGCUGGCGCCGGCCAAUGCCGUUGCGGGUAUCCUGCCCGGAGGUGGACUUCUCCCUACACCAAACCCCAUGCCCAAUCCUGCCAUUGGCGCCAACCCGUUUGCUGGACUCAAUAUGGAUGCGAUGGCUGCGUUUGGAUUCCCUGGACCUAACAUGAAUCCCCAGGCUGCCGACCAGCUGCUGAAGCUCAUGACGGAUCCUCAGCUCAAUCCGUUGGCGGCCGGCUUGAACUUGAGCGCUGGCCUCAAAGCGGACGCCGCCAAUAAGGAAAUGGAAGAAGCUAUGAAGAGAGUGCGAGAGGCGCAGUCGCUCAUUUCUGCUGCCAUAGAACCCGGAAAUGAUAGCCGGAAGAAGCGCUCCCGGUCCCGAUCCAGGAGGAGGCGCUCCCGAUCCAGGUCGAGGCGCAGGCGAAGCGGCAGCAGGUCCAGGCGGCGCUCCGUCUCCAGAAGCAGGCGGCGCUCCAAAAGCCCUCGAAGGAGGCGCAGCCGCUCCAGAGACAGAGGGAGGCGCUCCAGGAGCAGAUCCAGAGAUCGUAAGAAGGAAGAUACGGUGAGGAGGAGGUCCAAAACCCCACCCAAGAGUUACAGCACUACUAGGAGGUCUCGCAGUGUAAGCAGGAGACGCAGGAGGAGUCGCAGUGCCAGCCGCUCCCCCAAGAAGUCACCCAAGAAGAGGAGUUCCAGAACUCCGUCUCCUCGCAGGCACAAAAAGGAGAAAAAGCGCGACAAGGAGCGAGAGCGCCGUAGCGACAAAGACAGGGGACGAGAAGAGAGGGAGCGCUCCACCAGCAAAAAGAAGAGAAGCAGAGACAAGGAGAGGGAAAGGGACCGGGACAGGAAGUCUGAUGGACUAGACAAGGGAGAUACCAAGAUCACGAGGGAUUACGAUGAAGAGGAGCAGGGCUACGACAGCGAGAAGGAGCGGCAGGAAAGAAAGGCGUCCGACUACUCGGACUCCGAAUAUCCGCCCCAAUUCGCCGAAGGCAACGGCGACUCGCAGCAGGCCAAUGGCGACGAUGAAGACGCCGACGCUCGCGAGGAUGACAUGGACGUCAGCGACUGA